AAACCUCCUAUCCUUAUUACUGAAGACUGAUUCUAAGGCGGUCGAUUUCACUGGGAAGUUACACUACCAUAUGGCCAAAAGACGGGCCGAUAUUGAAUUGAAUCAAGAUAACUGGGACGAUGAUUUAAGAGCUACUACUAAAGGAAACUUUGAUAAAGCAGAUAAAGAGAUCCUUUCGCAGAGAAAAAUUUUGACAGCACGUACUAACAAAACGUCUAGUGGAACGUCUGGACUAUUUAAAUCAUUUACCGCCUUUUCUGACUGCUCAAGUGGAAACCCAGUAUCGUUCGAUUUUGGACUCAAACCUUCAAGCGUUAAAGAAAACGGACACAAGGAUGAAGAGACUGAGUAUCUUGAACACCUACAAACUCUUAAUCAGAGCUUACUCGAUUGGAUUACCAAACAUAUUAAAGAAGACCCAUUUUGUAUUCUCAGCCCGAUAUUCUCCGAUUACGACAAACAUUUAUCGGGAAUCAACUCUAAAUUUCCCAAACAAUCAUUGGUAGGUGCGGUUACACUACCGGAGAAAAAAGAAGCCAGCAAUCACUUAACUGCUAAAACAUCUGAAGCUGUUGAGACUCCGGCCAACAGUGCACCAAACUCCGUUUUUAUUUUCGGCAAUUCCAUACCAAAACCUACACCUAUAUCCACUGGCCCUUCGAAUGAUUCUACAGAUAAGAAACCUAUAUUUUCAUUUGGGUUGCCUCCUAUCACGACGACCAGUACUAAGUUCCCCCAGUCGCUUUUUCAGUUUCCUACCGUCUCUAAUUUCUCACAAAAACCUGUGAAUAUCGAUCCUAAGCAGGACACUAGUAAUCAACAAGGGGAUGAUGACGACGAGGAAUAUAUUCCUCCCAAACCAGAGGUUAAAGAUUUCAAAGAAGAUGGAUCAGUUUUCACGACAAGGUGUAAAUUAUUUUACAAAGUGGAUAAUGAGUGGAAAGAGCGUGGACUCGGAAAUUUAUUCAUCAAACCAACGACAAACGAUAAAUUCCAAUUACUCAUUCGAGCUGAUACUAAUCUCGGUAAUAUAUUACUAAAUAUACUGGUUACAAAAGAUGUACCUAUUAAACAGCAAAAAAAUAACUUGACAUUAGUUUGUAUUCCUUCACCACCUUUACCGUCCCAGACUAAAUCAACCCUUAACAACGAAGAAGAUAAUGGACAACCAAAACCAGUUCCAAUGUUGAUACGUGUAAAAACUGAAGAGGGUGCUACAGAAUUACUAAAUCAAAUGGAUUCUCACAGAGGUGUCUCAGCGAAGUCAUAAUAUUGAGAUGAAUUUUUCCUAUUGUUUCUGUCUACCUCUUAUUGACUGGAAAUUAUGUUUUGUGUUCUAAAGAUACCAUUCGAUUUUUUUCUCGAAAAAAAAAGAUCAUUUUGAAAGUAA